UCGAGGACACUAGGCUCACUUUAUAUGAUAUUGCAUUCCUUGUGAUCUCAUCAUCCAGUCAUGGCUUUUGUCUGGGAUAUAGAAAAGCUUCUAGCGGUGGAUUAUGAUGAGUUUUGUCUGAUCGUGCUCAAUUGUGAUCUUAGAGAAAUGAAAAUUCAAUUUGGAAGACUUUGGAGUAGAGCAGUGUGUCGUGUGUGUGCUGAUGGUGCUGCCAAUCAUGUCUACAACAUACAAGAAAGAAACACUCUAACCAAGUAUGUUCCUGAUAUCAUUUGUGGCGACAUGGACUCCAUCUCCUCCGAAGUUCUCACAUACUACAAAUUGAAGGGUUGCGAGAUAGUGACUAAUUCGUGUCAAGAUACAACCGACUUUACAAAAUGUGUUAGUGAGUUGCUAUGGCGACAUACAACCAACCAGCUACGAUUUGACAAGAUUGUUACUGUUUGUUCAACUGGUGGACGACUUGAUCACAUGAUGGGAGUGAUUCAAACUCUCUUUCUGUUUAGUUCCGAUAGCUUGCCAUCUAUAACCGUUGUAGCACCCGAGUCAGUGACUUGUUUGCUACAUCCAGGUAAACAUCGUAUUAAUGUUGGUUCUGAUAUGUUGGGUACUUAUUGCGGUCUUAUCCCUGUUGGUCAUCCGUGCAAUUCUGUAACAACUUCGGGUCUCAAAUGGAAUCUUGAUAACCAAGGAAUGGCAUUUGGACAGUUGAUAAGCACGUCGAACUGUGUUACAGACGAUGUGAUUUGUGUAGAAACAGAUCAACCGUUACUGUGGACAAUGACAACUGAACAGUGAAGUAAUGAAAAUGAUAUAUUUAUGGAAAUGAUAUAGACAUGCUUCGGUGUGUAGGAAUACUAAUAUUGUCUUAUUUUGUCUCUUUGUGGGUA